CGGGAGAUGCCAACUCAUUGCCUGAACUUAGCCGUGAAAGUCAGUUACGCCCGACAAGCCACCAGCUACACGGCGGCCGGAAUAGUCAUUUCUUACUAAAAACUCGGUUUUCCCCCCCCAAAAAAAAAAAGAAAUAAAUAAAGAUAAAUAAAAAUAAAUCGGAAAUGCUAAGACCGCUAUUUAAACCUUUUUGUCUAUGUGGACAACUAGUAAUCCAUCUUUCAUUUCUCUCUGCUACUUCGACACUAUCGCUAGAGCCCCAAAAGCGGAGAAGAAGGAGACGAGGAGAGUUCACAAUCAGGGCAAUGCCUCUGUCUUCUCACGCUUCUUCUGUUGAAGAAAGUGGAGCUCUUCGUUCUUUCAAACUGAACGAGCCUACUUUCUUAGCUUCUCUGAUGCCUAAGAAGGAGAUCGGCGCUGAUAGAUUCGUCGAAGCUCAUCCACAGUACGAUGGGCGGGGUGUUAUUAUUGCGAUUUUUGAUUCUGGUGUAGACCCGGCUGCUGCUGGUUUACAAGUUACCUCAGAUGGCAAACCAAAAAUCCUAGAUGUUGUGGAUUGCACGGGAAGUGGAGAUAUUGAUACCUCAAAAGUGGUGAAGGCUGAUGCAGAUGGUUAUAUCACUGGCGCUUCAGGAGCAUCACUGGUUGUAAAUCCUUCAUGGAAGAACCCUUCUGGGGAGUGGCAUGUUGGUUGCAAGCUAGUUUAUGAGCUUUUCACUGACACUUUGACUUCUCGUUUGAAGGGUGAAAGGAAGAAAAAGUGGGAUGAGAAAAACCAGGAAGCAGUUGCUGAGGCUUUAAAGCUUCUGAAUGAAUUUGAUCAGAAACACAUUAAAGUGGAAGAUGUCAACUUGAAGAAGACUCGGGAAGACCUCCAAAGUAGAGUUGAUCUUCUUCAAAAACAAGCUGAUAGCUACGACGACAAGGGGCCUAUCGUAGAUGCUGUUGUAUGGAAUGAUGGUGUAGUUUGGAGAGUCGCUCUUGACACACAGAGUCUGGAGGAUGACCCUGAAUGUGGAAAACUGGCUAGCUUUGUCCCAUUAACAAACUAUAGGAUUGAACGGAAGUUUGGGAUAUUCAGCAAACUAGACGCAUGCUCCUUUGUUACAAAUGUUUAUGAUGAGGGAAAAAUCUUGAGUAUUGUAACGGAUAGCUCCCCCCAUGGAACUCAUGUUGCCGGUAUUGCUACUGCUUUCCAUGAGAAGGAACCUUUGCUAAAUGGAGUUGCACCUGGGGCACAACUAAUAUCUUGUAAAAUUGGAGAUUCACGCUUGGGUUCAAUGGAAACAGGAACUGGUUUGACUCGAGCUUUGAUAGCUGCAGUUCAGCACAAGUGUGAUCUUAUCAACAUGAGUUAUGGAGAGCCUACACUGUUGCCAGAUUAUGGGCGUUUUGUUGACCUUGUUAAUGAAGUGGUCGAUAAACACCGCCUGAUAUUCAUCAGCAGUGCUGGCAACAGUGGACCUGCAUUGAGCACUGUAGGCGCACCUGGUGGCACCACUUCAAGCAUAAUAGGAGUUGGUGCAUAUGUGUCUCCUGCCAUGGCUGCUGGAGCUCAUUGUGUUGUUGAACCUCCGUCUGAAGGGCAAGAAUACACUUGGUCUAGUCGAGGUCCAACAGCUGAUGGGGAUCUUGGAGUCUCUGUAAGUGCCCCUGGUGGGGCAGUCGCUCCUGUCCCCACAUGGACUCUCCAACGUCGCAUGCUUAUGAAUGGUACUUCCAUGGCAUCUCCAUCGGCUUGUGGAGGAGUUGCUUUACUUAUCAGUGCAAUGAAGGCUGAAGGUAUUCCUGUCAGUCCAUACAGUGUGCGUAAGGCAAUUGAAAAUACAGCAAUUUCUGUGGGCAGUCUUCCAGAAGAUAAAUUAUCCUCUGGACAAGGGCUUAUGCAAGUUGACAAAGCACAUGAGUAUAUUCAGAAAUCUAAGAACUUUCCGUGUGUUUGGUAUAAAAUAAAGAUUAAUCGAGCUGGAAAAUCAAAACCUACUUCACGAGGCAUUUAUUUAAGGGAGGCUAGUGCUUGCCAACAAACUACUGAGUGGACUGUGGAAGUUGAACCAAAGUUCCAUGAGGAUGCAAGUAACUUAGAACAAUUGGUUCCUUUUGAGGAAUGUAUUCAGUUACAUACCAGUGAAAAUGCAGUUGUCCGGGCUCCUGAGUAUCUUCUCCUUACACAUAACGGGCGUAGCUUCAAUGUAGUUGUGGACCCCACCAAACUCAGUGAUGGUGUACACUAUUAUGAGCUCUAUGGAAUAGAUUGCAAAGCUCCUUGGCGUGGUCCUCUUUUCAGGGUGCCGAUUACUAUAACAAAACCUAUGGUUUUAAAACAGUCGCCUCCACUGACUUCAUUUGCAGGGAUGCAGUUUUUACCAGGUCAUAUUGAAAGGAGAUUUAUUGAAGUACCACUUGGGGCUACUUGGGUUGAGGCAACCAUGCGAACAUCAGGGUUUGAUACAGCUAGAAGAUUUUUCAUUCACGCUGUUCAGAUUUGCCCGUUGAGGAGGCCUAUUAAAUGGGGGAAUGUUGUGAUGUUUUCAUCUCCUGCUGCCAAAAGUUUUUCCUUUCCUGUGGAAAGUGGACAGACAAUGGAGUUAGCUAUUGCUCAGUUUUGGUCAAGUGGCAUUGGAAGUCAUGAAACCACCAUUGUGGAUUUUGAGGUUGAAUUUCAUGGGAUAAGCAUCAAUAAGGAGUCAAUUGUUUUUUAUGGAAGUGAAGCACCCAUCAGAAUUGAUGCCAAAACUUUACUAUCAUCGGAGAAACUUGCUCCUGCUGCUAUCUUGGAUAAGAUAAGAAUUCCUUACAGGCCUGUUGAUGCUAAACUUAAUGCUCUCUCUUGCCGUGACAAAUUGCCUUCUGGCAAGCAAAUUCUUGCACUAACAUUAACUUACAAGAUCAAAUUGGAAGAAAGUGCUGCAAUAAAGCCUCAAGUUCCAUUACUUAACAAUCGCGUAUAUGAUACAAAAUUUGAAUCCCAGUUUUAUAUGAUUUCUGAUUCAAACAAGCGUGUUUACUCUAUGGGAGAUGUCUAUCCAAAUUCCAUAAAACUUCCCAAGGGAGAAUACACUCUACAGCUCUAUUUAAGGCAUGAUAACAUACAGUAUUUGGAGAAAAUGAAGCAGUUAGUCUUAUUCAUUGAGAGAAACUUGGAAGAAAAGGAGUUUAUCCAUCUCAGCUUUUUUUCUCAACCAGAUGGGCCUGUGAUGGGCAAUGGUAACUUUAGCCCCUCAGUGUUAGUCCCUGGAUCCGUAGAAGCAUUUUAUGUGGGCCCGCCAACAAAAGACAAGCUUCCAAAGAAUUGUCCGGCAGGAUCCGUGUUGCUUGGGAAAAUUUCGUAUGGGAAGCUCUCUCUUGAAGUACAAGAAGAUGCAGGAAAUCCCAAAAAACAACCAGUAUCCUAUCAGAUCUCCUAUGUAGUACCUCCAAAUAAGGUUGAUGAGGAAAAAGGAAAGGAUUCUUCUUCAGUCAGCACUAAAAGUGUGUCUGAGCGUUUGGAAGAAGAGCUUAGAGAUGCAAAGAUAAAAUUUUUGGUGAGCCUGAAGCAAGGCACUGAAGAAGAGCGCACAGAAUGGAAGCGGUUAUGCAAUUCCCUCCAGGAUCAAUACCCAAAAUACACGCCAUUGCUUGCCAAAAUCUUGGAGAGCUUGGUCUCUCAAAGUAGUGAUGCAGACAAAAUUCACUUUAAUGAGGAGGUUAUUAAAGCAGCGAAUGAUGUGAUUGACAGUAUUGACAAAGAUGAGCUGGCUAAAUAUUUUUCAGUGAAAAGUGAUCCUGAAGAUGAUGAGGGGGAGAAAAUCAAGAAGAAAAUGGAGGUCACCCAUGACCAGUUAGUAGAGGCAUUGUACCAAAAGGGAUUUGCACUUGCAGAGAUUGAACAUUGCAGGGGUAUGAAAGCACCACCAGGAACCACAGCAAGCACCGAAGACUCCGGUGAGGCAAUGAAGGAAUUUGAGGCAGACUCUGGCAACCAGCCAGAUUUGUUUGAAGAGAACUUCAAAGAACUUACGAGAUGGAUGGAUGUAAAGUCCUCCAAGUACAAAAAACUUUUAGUUGUACGUGAAAGACUUGCUGGAAGGCUUGGGACAGCAUUAAAGGUGCUGAAUGAAAUAAUUCAAGAUGAUGGGGAGCCAUUGAAGAAGAAACUGUAUGAUACAAAGCUCUCUUUACUUGAUGAAAUUGGCUGGGACCAUGUGGCAUCUUACGAGAGGCAGUGGAUGCAUUUACGCUUCCCUGCAAGUUUGCCUCUGUUUUGAAAGUUCAUUUGUAUGAUGAUCACUGUUGCAUUGUAAGGGGCUUGCCCUUAAACACUUUUUCAUGGUACUAUGUUUCAAUCACAAUAGCAUUUAUUCAGUAGUGCAUUAUGGUUAUCUUUUCUCA